AUGAAGAAUCAUGGAGGAAGAGAUGAAGAAUGGAGAGUAGAGUUUUUUGUGAUGCUUUUCAAAAUUGGAGAGUGGAUGCAGGGAGAGGAAGAAGAGAGAAUUUCAGAGAAUUUCUUUGCUUCUCAACAGGCUUUGCAUUAUCUCAGACCUCCGCUUUGUUUUCACGGUGAACUCGCUUCAAUCCCAGUCUCCGGUCCAGUUCACACUUUGUUCAUCACUUUAGUGCGACACCAUCAUCGCGCUCGCAAUCAUCAUCCUUCUGCCAUGGCUUUAGUGCGGGUUCCCUCUGUAUUUGUAAUUCAGGAUCUGAUUCGCCUUUUUGACGCGCGUAUUCGUUGUUGCGAUGGUCUUUACGGAAGCUGA